AUGGCUGGACGUGCUCAUCUUGAGUUCAUCGUCGUAGUUUUGCUUACAAUUACAAUCUCUCUUGUAUGGGAAUGUCAAGCCACCGCCCCCACCGUGUCCGCCCCUGCCGGCAGAUUCCAGGGUCUUCUGGAGAAUGAUCAGAAAGGCCAGCCGUAUUUUGCCUUUCGGGGGAUUCCAUACGCAAAACCACCGGUUGGAGAACUACGAUUUGCCUUGCCAGAACCUUUGCCCAAAUUAGACGGCACAUUCGACGCGACAAAACAUGGGCAUAUCUGCCCAAUGCCAGACAUGCUUUUGGAACUCGUAGACAGGGAACAAGGCAAGGAGGACUGCCUUUUUCUUAACGUCUACGCCAAAGAGUUGGCUCCCUCCUCGCUUAAAAAAGUCUUGGUCUUCAUACACGGCGGGGGGUACAUAUUCGGCAGCUCCAAUGAGUGCGACGCUAGCACGGUUGUGACGACUCACGAUAUUGUUUUUGUGACCAUCAACUACCGCUUGGGCGUUCUAGGUUUCCUCAGCACAGGGGAUCAGUCCAGCCCUGGCAACUUUGGGCUCUGGGACAUGACCUUGGCUUUGAAAUGGGUCAAGGACAACAUAGCGUCUUUCGGAGGCGACCCUAACGACGUCACUAUAUCCGGGGAGUCUGCUGGGGGUUCUGCUGUGGGGUAUCUUUCCAUCUCUCCCCACACCAAAGGACUUUUCUCUAAGGCGUAUCCACAGAGCGGAACUCCUACUUCCGCAUUCGGCAAAGCACUUGACCCUCAGAAAGAUGCUUUAACUCUCGCUGCCAGUGUCAACUGCUUUGAAGGCGACGCCUCGCAAAAAGCUGACUCUGACACGACCAGGAAAAUGAUAGAAUGUCUGCGCAAACUACCCCUGUCUAACUUCACCCAGUACUUGGCAUUAUCUAUUGACAGGACUGUUUUCGUUCCUAUAGUCGACAAGGACUUUGUCCCAAGACCACCUCUACAGUUACUCCGAGACGACAGUUACUUGGAAGACGUAGGUUUCUUCAAAAGAUCGUACCUUGUAGGGAUUGAUAACAACGAAGCGUCCGUAGUAAGACCUUACGUUGAGAAUUUCUUAGCUGGGAUGAUUAAAAGUCGAGGCAAUAUCACCGACAACGAAAAAACAGAAUUAUUGAAAAGUAUACGCUCUUCAACUUAUGACUUUUACGCUCGGUCCCGAAUGGACGCUCCGGUGUCGACCUCGAUCGUUGACAAAAUGGUUAGUUGGUAUGACAGAAGGUUUGGUGAUGAUACUUUAACUAUGUUAAUCAGUGAUUUGGGCUUUAUCGUUCCGACUUUCGAUUUUAUAGACGCUGCCUCCAGAGGAAAAGAUACCAAAGUUUGGCUUUUCCACUUUAAUCACUUCCCGAGAUUUAUGAAAGGAAAAGAGAAGGGCAUUGUCCACGGACUUGAUUUGUGUUACUGGUUUGAUUUGUCUGUGGAAAGGCUCGAGAAAAUUCUGAGACAUGGAAUGGAUGGGACUAUGGGAAUGGAUGACGAAGAUUUGGAUCUGAAGUCACGCCUCUCUGCUAUCAUCGCAAGCUUCACAAACACUGGGUAAACCCUGAAUAUUCUUGUUUUGUAUUUUAUGUUUUCAAUUUGAUUUAUAACUAGACUUCAUAGGAAUCGUAGUCACCGAAUUUAAUAUAAAAAAACCCGAGGAAAAAACAAGAUCCAUGCCAUAUAGUGCGGUCAUAAAUUCGUGGCACGACUUACCCUCAAAUGUCU